AUGAGUCCAACGAACCAUGCAAGCUCCCAGAGUAACAUCGAACUUUGCUUUCUACCCAUCACGACAACAAAACCCAACAACCGUCGCGAUGUAGAGCUUCGUCAAGCAAGUGCCAGAUCUCAUUUAGCAAAAAUAUCACACCAGCGCAAAAAGACCAGUGUCAACAAGAAAGGUGGUGGCAUUGGUAGCUCCGAUCGCACAGAAUACCGAAGCCGACGCCUUACUCCGAUGCUAUUCUGCGCCAUACCAGAUAAAAGUCUUGAUCAACACACCCGCAUGCUACUGCACUACUGCACACAGUCUUUCUGGCCCGGCUUCGAGAUUGGGUCCGCAGCGUUCCACAUUCCUUCUUUUGCGCGCGACUACAACACUCUUGUCGCACAAGGUCCAUGUCUAGUCCACGCCCUGUUAUGGUCCGCCGCCGUAAGCCUGAGCUACAGAAGAAACGCAAGGGUAACAGACAAGGACAGUUUGAUGCAUUACAAUCAAGCCCUCAACUACAUAUCGCAGGAUAUCACACGGCCUGUGGCAGAGAUAUCAGAGCAGACUAUGUACGCUAUUCUGAGCAUCAGCGGCCCAGAGGUGUCGCCAGAGGACGAAGAUUGCAUUGUCAAAAGAGCGUUUGACCCACCGUCGGCGGAACUCUCGUGGAUCCAUGUUUAUGGCAGGAGGCUUCACAUUGACGCGCAUGCAAGGGCACUGAUUAGGAUCGUUAAUCUGAAAGGUGGUAUCCAUAGUCUCAAGUCUUUGGAUUUUCAGGCUUCGUUCAAUUAUAUGGAUCUUACACGGGCGUCGCAAAGAUUGAUUAGACCACAUCUUCCUGUUUCGAAGUUGUAUGGUCGGGUGAAGGAGACACAUGAUAGGCGGAAGCUUUUUGGUUACGCAGCUGACCUUGCUUCAAGAUCAUGUGUCGAGGGGACGGAACAUCUUAGCAAGCUGAUUGAGCUUGGACUAGGUUCGGAUUUAGGUGAAGUUAUGCGCGACAUGAGAGUAUGGGUCAAGGUCGUCGAAAGCCACCAUUUUGGACUUUUGACAAAUACAGACACUUCACUUCUCACUGCUCACCGAGACUUGAUUCAACAACGCUUACUGGCCACUCUCCCCGAAGAAGACGAUAUUCCCGAUAUUACUGGUAGCGAUAUCUUGAGCGAAGCUACUGAAUGGAUCAACGAACUCAUCCAAACAGCUUUGCUGAUCUUCUCCCUCGGCGUCACCUUCCCCAUCCCAUAUGCUCCGCCUUAUCAUCGUCUCUCAAAACGACUCAAGGAUCAACUCGAACGGCACAUAGAUGAAGCAUUUGAACUCCAACUCUUCGAUCUCUUGACAUGGCUCGGCGUGUUGGGCGCACUCUGCUCGGAGCAAGUCGGGAACGAUCUUAGGGUCUGGUUCAUUUCCUUUUUGAGCGCCGUGGAAAGCAAGCGCGUGAGCAAUCAUGUUACAAGGGACUGGUCUAUCGUGGUUAAAGAGUCAAUAGAACCCUUUCUAUGGUCAAGCGUGUCCUGCGAUGCAACGGCAGAAGUAGCAUGGAAGGAAGUGCAAGACGGUUCAAGAGAUUGGGAAAGGACAGCUUGGUCGGAAAUGCUAGGUACUAUUUGCGGAUAG